GGAGCACACAGGAAGGCGGGGCGGCGAGCGGACCGGCGGUGAAGAUGACUGUGUUCUUUAAAACGCUUCGAAGUCAUUGGAAGAAAACCACAGCUGGAGUCUGCCUGCUGACAUGGGGAAGCCAUUGGCUGUAUGGAAAACACUGUGAUAACCUGCUGAGGAGAGCGGCUUGCCAAGAAGCUCAGGUGUUUGGCAAUCAGCUGAUCCCUCCCAAUGCACAAGUGAAGAAGGCAACCGUCUUCCUCAACCCCGCCGCUUGCAGAGGCAAAGCAAGGACUCUGUUUGAAAAAAAUGCUGCCCCGAUCUUGCACUUGUCUGGCAUGGAUGUGACCGUCGUCAAGACAGAUUAUGAGGGCCAGGCCAAGAAACUGCUGGAGCUGAUGGAGAACACGGACGUCAUCGUUGUGGCCGGAGGCGACGGGACGUUGCAGGAGGUUAUUACUGGAGUUCUUCGAAGAGCAGAUGAGGCCACCUUCAGUAAGAUCCCCAUCGGGUUCAUCCCCCUGGGGCAGACCAGCAGUUUGAGCCCCACCCUCUUCGCCGAAAGUGGAAACAAAGUCCAAUGUAUUACUGACGCUACACUUGCCAUCGUGAGAGGAGAGACAGUCCCACUUGACGUCCUGCAGAUCAAGGGCGAGAAGGAGCCUGUGUUUGCGAUGACCGGCCUGCGGUGGGGAGCCUUCCGCGACGCGGGCGUCAAAGUCAGCAAGUACUGGUAUCUCGGGCCUCUGAAAACCAAAGCAGCUUACUUCUUCAGCACUCUGCAGGAGUGGCCUCAGACUCAUCAAGCCUCCCUCUCGUACACGGGACCUAAAGCGAGACCUCCCAGCGUCCCCGACGAGAUCCCCGCACGGCCCUCUCUGUACCGGAGAAUACUGCGCAGGCUCGUGUCAUACUGGGCACAGCCGCAGGACGCCCCUUCCCCGGAGGCGAGCCCCGAGGUCUGGAGAGACCUGCAGCUGUCCACCAUCGAGCUGUCCAUCACCACACGGAACAGCCAGCUCGACCCGACCAGCACGGAAGACUUCAUGAAUAUCUGCAUCGAACCUGAGGACGUCAGCAAAGGAGACUUCAUAAGCAUAGGGAGCAAAAAGGUGCGAGACCCCAAGCUGCGCGCUGAGGGCACCGAGUGUCUCCAAGCCAGCCAGUGCGCCCUGCUCCUGCCCGAGGGCACGGGGGGCUCCUUCAGCAUCGACAGCGAGGAGUACGAGGCGAUGCCGGUGGAGGUGAAGCUGCUGCCCCGGAAGCUGCAGUUCUUCUGCGACCCUAGGAGGAGAGAGCAGCUGAUGCCGAGCUCGGCUCAGUGAGCGCCUGGGGAGGUGCACCCUGAGACCGUGCCCGAGGCCACCGUGGGACCAAAGGGAACAGCUGCCUGACCGUCCCCACAGGGUACCUGCUUCCCACUAGCGCGUGCUCUGACUUCCGUGAGGCAGUUGCUCCCUCCUCCGGCUAGUUCAAGGACGUUCUCUAACUCAGCGGAUGGGGAAGGGCUAGACCUCCUGCAAAUGCAACGGCUGGGGCAAGCAGGCUCCUAGCCCCGCCCCUGCAUCCCUGUCUGACCCACAGCCCCGAGGACUUCCUGCCGCCUUGUCCUGGCUCCCUGGCUUCCCCUGCUUGGUGAGCUCUGUUCUUACUUGGCUUGUUUCUGUUUGAGCCUCAAACCAAACCAAAGUGUGGGUGAGGUGUCUCCCUCUUCAGCCAUGGCUGAAAUACUGUAAAAUCCUAGUUCGUUUUAAGCAGUGAUUCUUAAAUGUUGGUUUGCGUGUCGAACCGUCCAGGGUGCCUGUUGAGAACUGAGGGACUUGGGGGCCAACCCGAACCUAAAUGACUCAGUCCAGGGGGAGCCCAGCAAUCUUCAUCUUCCCUGCAGAGCAGCAGCACUCCCAGGUGACUGCUGAGGGCGUGCCCGCCUCACCUGGACG